GGUUAUUAUAAAUUCCCUGCUCAGCCCUCUCACGUUCUUUUUUGUUAGGGCCGGCGCAUUGGCGCAGACACGCAAACGGAGCCAACAUGCCGGUGGCCCGGAGCUGGGUUUGUCGCAAGACCUAUGUAACCCCGCGGAGACCCUUCGAAAAAUCUCGCCUUGAUCAAGAACUGAAGUUGAUUGGCGAGUAUGGGCUCCGGAACAAACGUGAGGUCUGGAGGGUCAAGUUCACUCUGGCCAAGAUCCGCAAGGCCGCUCGGGAGCUGCUGACGCUGGACGAGAAGGACCCGCGGCGUCUCUUCGAAGGCAAUGCCCUGCUGCGGCGACUUGUUCGCAUCGGGGUGCUGGAUGAAGGCAAAAUGAAGCUGGAUUACAUCUUGGGCCUGAAGAUAGAGGAUUUCUUGGAGAGGCGCCUCCAGACCCAGGUCUUCAAGUUGGGCCUAGCUAAGUCCAUCCACCAUGCCCGGGUGCUCAUCCGUCAGCGUCAUAUCAGGGUCCGAAAGCAGGUAGUGAACAUCCCGUCCUUCAUUGUCCGCCUGGACUCCCAGAAGCACAUUGACUUCUCCCUGCGAUCUCCAUAUGGGGGUGGCCGCCCAGGCCGUGUGAAGAGGAAGAAUGCCAAGAAGGGCCAGGGCGGGGCUGGAGCCGGUGAUGAUGAGGAGGAGGAUUAAGGAUUAAGUCCACCCAGGUGGGCUGUAGAGGUGUCUAGUUUUCUAGUCUGAUAAUAAAAUAGUAUCAGUGCUUU